AAGCUGUCACAGGAGGCUGGGCUGUUGUUUGAGGGAAGACUCGAUCGACGUCUAUGGUAGCCAAUGAGCUCAGCAUCCUGGGCUGGCUCAGCCCAGUGGAGGCGUUAAGGGGCGGGGUGGCGGGCGAGCUGUGAGUAGCGAGUUUUGCCUGUGGUGCUUGUAGUUGUUAGUGGAGAUGGAGCCGUCUCGCGUCGUGCGGGCUGGCAUCCUUCUGCUGUUCGUCACUCCGCUCUAUGGCCGCGGUGGCGACUCCUGGUCCCGAACCGGGCCGCUGCGGGUCCGGCGGGGGAUAAACGGGGUUGAGUCGGCGGAGGGAUGCGGCCCGCGAGACGGCGGCUUUGAUCUGGAGAUCCUGAGAAACAACACUCACAAGCGUGUCUUCAAUGAUCUCAGUGGCUCGGUAUCCCUCUCCUGGAUUGGAGACAGCACUGGGGUAAUCCUUGUGUUGACUACCUUUCAGGUACCUUUAGUGAUCAUGAGUUUUGGGCAGUCUAAACUCUACCGAAGUGAAGACUAUGGGAAAACUUUCACAGACAUCACAGAUCUCAUAAACAACACUUUCAUCAGAACAGAGUUUGGAAUGGCUAUCGGACCAGAGAAUUCAGGAAAGGUGAUACUCACAGGGGACAGAUCAGGACCAUACCGUGCUGGAAGAAUCUUCAGAUCAUCUGAUUUUGCUAAGAACUUUGUAAUGACAGCUCUCCCUUUCCAUCCUCUGACUCAAAUAGUUUAUCACCCUCAGAAUUCUGAUUUGCUAUUGGCCCUCGGCACUGAGGGCAGCCUGUGGAUAUCCAAGAACUUUGGUGAGAAAUGGAAAGAAAUCCACAAAGAUGUUUGCCUGGCAAAAUGGGGCUCUGGCACAAUCAUCUUCUUCACCACCUACCUGAAUGGCUCUUGUAAAGCUGAUCUUGGAUUAUUAGAGCUGAAGAAAACCAAAGACUUUGGAAAGACGUUCAAAACUAUAGGAACCAAAAUCUACUCCUUUGGUCUGGGUGGGCGCUUCCUCUUUGCCUCUGUGAUGACGGAAAAGGGCACUACAAGGCGAAUUCAUGUGUCUCUGGAUCAAGGUGAAACCUGGAACAUGGCCCAGCUUCCUUCAGUGGGACAAGAACAGUUCUACUCUAUCCUGGCAGCUAAUGACGACAUGGUGUUCAUGCAUGUCGAUGAACCUGGAGAUACUGGAUAUGGCACAAUUUAUACCUCGGAUGAUCAAGGCAUCAUAUAUUCCAAGUCCCUCGAAAGGCAUCUCUACACCACCACUGGGGGAGAGACAGACUUCACCAAUGUGACUUCCUUGCGGGGCAUCUAUAUCACCAGCGUUCUCUCCGAGGAUAACUCCAUUCAGUCGGUGAUCACCUUUGAUCAAGGAGGGGAGUGGGUACGCUUGAGGAAACCUGAAAAUGCUAAGUGCGACUCAACAGCGAAAAAUAAGGAGGAGUGCAGCCUUCACAUCCAUGCAUCCUACAGCAUCUCUCAGAAGUUGAACGUGCCCAUGGUGCCUGUGUCUGAACCCAACGCUGUUGGAAUUGUCAUUGCUCAUGGAAGUGUUGGGGAUGCCAUUUCAGUAAUGAGCCCAGAUGUUUACAUUUCGGAUGAUGGUGGCUACACCUGGUCAUGGAUGCUUAAAGGACCCCAUCACUAUGCCAUCUUGGAUUCCGGAGGCAUCAUUGUGGCCAUUGAGCACACCAGCCAGCCUAUCAAUGUGAUUAAGUUCUCAACAGAUGAAGGACAGUGCUGGCACAACUAUGUAUUCCAUAAGGAACCUAUGUUCUUUACUGGCCUGGCGUCAGAGCCCGGAGCAAAAUCGAUGAACGUUAGCAUCUGGGGGUUUAGAGAGAGCUUGCUGUCCCGCCAGUGGAUCUCUUAUACCAUUGACUUCAAUGAUCUCCUCAACAGGGACUGUGAGGAGAAGGACUAUACAAAAUGGCUGGCUCACUCCAGUGACCCUAGUGACCCUGCCGAUGGCUGCAUACUGGGCUUCAAAGAGGAAUACCUGCGUCUUCGUAAGUCGUCUGUCUGUCAGAAUGGCCGCGACUAUGUAGUGACCAAGCAGCCAUCAGUCUGCACUUGCACCUUAGGCGACUUCCUCUGUGAUUUCGGCUACUUCCGCCCAGAAAACCAGUCUCAGUGUGUGGAGCAGCCAGAGCUGAAGGGUCAUGACCUGGAGUUCUGUUUGUAUGGAAAGCAAGAACGGUUAAAGACCAGCGGAUAUCGAAAGAUUCCGGGAGACAAGUGUCAUGGUGGUGAGAGUCCCAACCGCGAGGAGACUGACCUGAAAAAGAAAUGUACUAGCAACUACUUGAAUCCAAGCCAGCUGUCUGCUUCCUCCAGCUCUACUCCAGUCAUCCUGGCUGUAAUUGGCUUGAUGCUCACCACUGCUGUAGCUGGAGUAAUCGUCAUUAAGAAAUAUGUUUGUGGAGGAAGGUUUCUGGUUCACCGAUAUUCUGUCCUGCAACAGCAUGCAGAAGCCAAUGGUUUUGAAGGAGUUGACACACCAGAUGCCAGUAAAACUGGUUACCAUGACGAUUCCGAUGAGGACCUUCUGGAAUAGUGAUUUUACAAAUCAUCGCUACUAGGUGUACAUGGGUUUGAAUGCUGCUACAGAAGGACGUGCACACCGACAGUCCAUUUUAAUCCCCCUUUGGACGCUUUUCCCAUGUCUGAGGGAUUCUGUGUUCCCAUUGCUUCCACCAUACUGCCUGAAACCAGCAAGGCUGCAAGAACUUCCCGAGGGUGGGGAGGGAUGGGGGGAAGACGCUGCAGCUCUGAGUGAGGAAGAAGGGAAAUCAUUUUUUUAAAGUAACAUUAUUUUAAUCAGAUUUCUUUUCAGCUUUUAAAGGAAAACUAAAUAGGAACAUUUCACUAAACAUUAGCAUCACUAAGUACAACUUACUGUGCUGCUGGGAGAAGGCUCCGCAUUCCCAGAUGGGUGAUGUUGCAUCCCACCACUGUGAUGAUAUUGCUUUGAAGUUGUGUGUCCAGCCCAUCUCCAAGCAAACAGGGCCAUGAGAUGCUGUGACAGGGACUGAGGGAGCUUGCUGGCAUCCCAAAGGGCUGUGGGCCAAAAUGGGCUUGCUUUUUGUUUUCUCUACAGUAUAAUCAACUGGGUAGACGUGUGCUGUGCAAAGCGGAGAUUUCUUCAAGGCUGGAAGUAACUCUGUGGCUGGGUUCUAUGAUUCCAAGGAACUAAACUGUGAAAUCAGCAUGUGUGCUGACACCAGUUUUUUAAAAAAACAAACCCUUGCGUGGGAAGAGAUUAGUUUUUAUCAAUUGUAGGACUAAGUGGUACAGAUCUUUAGAAGCAAGACUUAUUUAGUAUGUUAUAAUAUUUUGAAGGAACAGAAAUUUAGGUGCUGUUAGAUUGGUUUCCUGAAGUACAAUUUCAUCACUCUGCAAGCAGUACCAUGAUGUUGCUCCUGGUUUUGUUUUCCAUUAGACACCUGUUUUAUGGAAAGCAAUAUAUCAGUGGUGGUAACCCAUGUUCGACUUUGUUACUGUGCAUUUACCAGCUCAUACUUAUUAGCACAGUUAGAUUGCUGUGUUGCUCAUGUGGAAUCAUACACUCUUGUCCAAUGAUAUUCAGUUCACAGAGAGCAUGUGAAGUGAAUCUUAGCAUAGUUAUUUAAAGUAUUUAAAGUAUCUUGAACUAUAUAUCUAAAAACUGAUCUGCUGGAGUGCCUACUGGCAAUGGAAGUGUCCAGUGCUCAAAUUAUGGGAGGAAAGGUAAGAGAGCCCUUAAUACAGGCUCCACCCCCAUGACUGCCCCCAGUUUUAGCCAAAUGAGCCCCUCCACUAAGCUAAGAACAUUAGCUAAGGGGUCCAGGUCCUCUCUGACACCCCACCCCCACCCCGGUGAUUCAAGCAAAGAGCAGAUCCACCAUGUAAUUACUGUUGAAGUUAUAAUGGAGGACUUCUUGCUAAAGGGAGACCAUGGAAGCACAAAGGUAGCUAGUGUUGCUGAUUUCUGUUGCUGUCGACCAACUUGGAUGCUUGGAGAAAUGAGGCCUGACUGUGUUGAAAGAUAAUGAUUCUGAGUGUUUAUGUGGAUGAGUUUAAGCUUCAGCUACUUCUCUGUACCCUUCUCUUGGGAUUUGGUUUUGAUGCAGCAUAAGGGAGUGGCUAGUUUAUUUUUAGGCAAGGCAAAACCUUAUGCUCUGACUCUGCAGCACAAAGGAGGACUUUUUCCUAGGCUUCACUGCCUUGUGCAAAUGUGUUUUUAGUUAGUGAAUAUAGUGCUAUCCUUUCACUGAGGACCACAUCCACUAAAAUACACAAUUUUUAAAGUGUAAUUUGGAUAAAUCUUCAUUAUAGGUAGGUGAUGAUAGAUGAACUAGGCUUGAUUUGGAAUUGGGUUUGGUAAAGUGAGUUGUGGUGUUCUCAAAUAGGAAAAUUGCCCCAUUCCAAAUUCAUGCUCCUUUGUGUUCCAGCAAUUAUGUCAUGAGCAUAAAGAGGCUUGAAUGCCUGCUGUAACCCUCUGCAAAUCCUCCCAAACUCCACUGUAAGCCCCUAAUCCCUGCCUUGCUGUCCCUUUCUCUUCCCCACUCCCAAAUUACCUGCUAGCAACACACCCACAGUAAUAGGAAGGUUUCACUGGUGUUCUAGAAGCUACCAUGGAGCCUGGGAAACAUGAUUUUCCCAGGGUACUGGAGCCCAUACCAUGAAUAUUGGAUGCCAUGGAAACUACAUGUCUCAAGCUGUCUUGUGCAAGGUAGAAAGGAGGGAGAAAUACCAGCCUAAAUCCAUAGGUAGGUGCUACUAUUCCAUGUCACACAUUUUAAGAGUACAACUGAAGUACAACUGAACAUGCAUCCCAUCUUCAAAGAUCCCUGGGACAUGUUGUUUUCAGAGCAACUGGGUCCAUACAAAGGAUUCAAGCACCCUGGGGGAAAACUACAUUUUCCAGCGUCUCCAGUGUUUGGUCUAGUGCUAUGACAGCUUUGAAAGUGCCAGGGAAGUAGAUGUAUAAGCUUGGACUGUAGUCUAAGCUGACAAAGACUUUUUGGAGGGAGAAGUAUACAUUACAAGCUGGACAAAUUGGUACUCUGGACCAGGCAAUUACAGAUUUCAGCAGCAUCAUUAGUAAUAAAACCAAGCAUCUCUGCUGAUUUUAACAUUUAUAUUACGUGUUAACAGGCAAUAAGGUUGGCAUGUUUUUCAUGAACUGUUACCACUUGUCUCCUUAUUGUCAUUGGUCAGGUGUCCCUUGCAGCUAAUCAUAUUGUAAAUAAGAGUGAAUUUAACCUGUUUGAGGCAUAAUGUUGGUCAAUCUUUCACUGAGCCCUUCAUUCCAGUGAAGUAGGAUCCAUGGAGUACUCAAUGGCUACUGCAUACAUUCAGUUGGUUUCAAUAUACUGCUAAAGUCACAGGGCUUUCCAUCUCUCUCACUGGUGGUAUUUAAAGGAUCAGAAUCUUGGAAGCAAGUGCUUGUCCUGGCCUUGUUUUCUCCCAAAGGUAUUUUGGCUUUCUUGUGUUGUGAUGAGGUCCCCACUUCUACCCUCAUACCACCGCAUCAUUUGAUUAUACCCCACAGGGCUGUUUCCCCAGCCAGCCUUCUGGAUGUUGCUCUUUGGUAGAGAACAUUAUAGAAGGUAGGUGCACCACACUCCUAAGCAAAGAUGAAUGCUGGGAAACAGUGUUUGUUCUAGGAAGAUUCUGUAGCUUAUUUCUAUUUUUCAAAUUCUUACUCCACUGAAAAUGAGUCUGCUGAUUAAUUAUGAUUUUCAAGGCAGUACAGAAGCAAACUUGACAUGUAAAUAAAAUGCUCUUUACAGUGAUUAAUACUUGUUAAAAUAUGGCUACUGGACCUUGAGUUGAAGGGGGCUGAAAAAUAAUCCUGUGUCCAAUAGGGGUACUCUAAUCCUGCUGUUCUUCUUUGUGGUCUCUGUGCAGUUACACCUAUGGGUUUCUCCAUCAGCACAGUAUCUUGUUCGGCAACUUCUAGAGCUUUGCCUCAGAGCACUUCAAGUUCAUGCAUGCAGUUGUUCAAACUCCAGAUACUGGGCUGAAAAUGAACAAGGAACAUUUAAUGGAGCUAUAUUGGUUAUCGAAUACAAUGUGAACUUAACUAUCUCACUACUGUCUCUUCCCAGUAUUUGUCCAGCUUUCCAACAUGUAUUAAAACAUCUCUGGAAGGCAGACUGGGAAAGAGAGAGUUUAUUACAAGACAUAUCUCAAAUAGGCCCAUGGCUUAUUACAUGACUUCAUUGCUGUUGACUGUCCCUCUCUUCUCCUCCUGCCUACCCACCGGUCCUGCCUUGCUUCUAAGGCAGGCUACAAUGCAGUACAUUGGCUGAUGCAGUGAUAACAUUCCAAAGAACUUUGAAGGAAUGAAUCAAGGGUCAAUAGCCCCCACAUGCUUGCUGCCCUGUGCACCAGUAACAUUCCGCUCCAUAGUGUUGAAUAUGUUGAUGAUGCAUCUUCCUCACUUCUAAUAAGGCUGCUGCUCAAGCAACAAAGCAGCCAUAGGGAUGUCAACAUUGCAUGUGCUUUGAAGCAUUGUCUUCCUGAUCUGCCCCCAGGCAAACCAAAAUUUUUAAAAAUAAACUCCAUGCCAUGUGCAGAAUGGCUGUAGAAUACCACAUAACCAAAAGCCAUAGUGGAUACACUCCUCUACACAAUUUCCUAAGAUGUACAGUCGGAGGCAAGGUGCAGAAAGAAAAAAAAUGAAAGGAGCCAUGUAUAGAGUUUGUAUAUAAGCCUGGCUAUAUUAUAAAUUUGUACUGGUAUUUUUCUGUAUAUUUGCAAUAUUUGGGUUAGAAAUAAAAACCAGAAUGGACUUUUA